UUUUAGGAACAUGGAGACAGUUUCCAUGGACCAGCCUCCUCCAGCAGUAUGAUUGGAACAUCCAGUCUCUCAGGGGACACCCUGAUAGCGUGCCACUUCCCUGUGGUGCAGCUUCCCACUUGGCAACUUCCUGUCCAGGCCCUGUGCAGCUCGGCCAAGAGGCCUGGCCGGCUGUGCUCAGUGGGUCUGACCCGAGCUGUGUCCCUACCAGAACAAGACUCGCUGAACCGAGAGCAUGCCUUCGCCGGUGGCCGUAGACCUUUUUCCAGCAGCUACAGUAGUCUCAAUGAGGACCGGGCGGAGGAGGAGGGGGGCAGUGACAGCAGCGGGAGGUACGACUCCAACUCGUCCCCGGAGGAGACGAGUUCCCAUCUGAAGAAGGAAAGCUCUGGAGCCAGAGGCAGCCUGCGGUUGCACAACUCAUUCCUUCCCAACAUAGAGCUGGAUGAGGAUGAGGAAGAUGAAGAUAGUGAUGGAGGUAAUCUACACAGAUAUCAUGAGGACUCAUCUUUUGUGUUGCAUGGAAAUUCCAACUGGCCUCUAAGUAAUGGUGCCAGAAAUUGUGUGUCCCACGGGAAGGUGGACAGUGAAUGGAGCGACGAAGGGACCAUGUUGGGCACUGAGAGCGACCGAGAGCGGCUCUCUAACCAGCCCAACCAGCUGGACUCACUGCACACUGAAUGCCAGUGCUUUCAUGUGAGCAGAUCUGGCAUCACAGCGUAUGGAGAGCAGGACUCAGACAGACUGAAGGAUAACGUGUCCUGCUGCAUCCACCAACAACACAAUUGUUUUCCAGAGCUGUUCUCCAACGGUCACGCAGAGUGUGUCAGCGACUCUUCCUGUAACAGUUCCGAUGGCGUCUUGGUUAACUUCUGCACUAUCUAUAACAAGAGCAACAACCCUGCCACGCCUCAUGACCUCAGCAGUCCUGCAGUUGAUCCCUGUCAGGUAUCUGAGGGAUCUGUGUUCCUCAACCUCCAACCUGUUCCCAAGACUCCAGCUGAGGGCCUCCAACACCAUGACGUGACAGUUUACUCUCCCUCCAAAGAGGAGGUUGACAUGACGCCCUCCGCUUCCUGCUGGUCUCCUCAGGGCCUCGACUCUAACUGCAACCUUUACUCCCUGGAGCCGCUACCCCCAGGUCUCUCCUCGCUGGAGGUAUCAGACCUGACUGCCUGUCUCCAAAGCCAGGCCUCAUUGGCCAUGGGGACCAACCAGAAGUACUACAAGCUGGUGACUUGUGACCUCUCCUCCCAGUCGCCCAGCCCAGCCUGGUCCAGCCACACCAACUGCCCCGAGGGUCAGUGCAGAAGUAGCCCCUUUCCGCCAGCUGAGCACCUCUUUGUUGAUCAUAAGAAAGAAGAACAACACAUCGAAGUCAAAAAGGAGAAAGAGGAUCAACAAAAGGAAAAGAGCUUCUCCUCUGCACAGUGCAGCACCGCGCUUGACUGCUAUGGGUUUCAGACCUAUGAUUACCAAGUUGCCACCACCUCCACUGAGAAAGCCCUCUGCAGGAAGAAACAUACAGACAGCAUCCAAAACUUCUCCCACACACCCUGUUCGCUGUGCCCCAGUCAGUGUAGCCCACAUAGCAGUAAAUGCCAAGACACAAGCGCUGCAUCCACACAACCAUCUGUGGCUCUGGACCAGGAGCACUGUGAUGCUGCUGAGAAGGGAGCAUGUGCAUUGGAAAAUGCAGUGGUGCGCUACAGUAAGGCCCAGAGACCAACCUCGCUGCCCAUCCAGCCCUUUGUCCUGGUCCCCGCAGACAAACCCCAGACCCAGCACUUGGGCUGUCUUCUUGAGCAGUACAUGAAUCAGAAGAGCAGCAAGUCUGGUAGCUCCCAAACAGGCUUCAAGUUCAAGGGCAAAAGGAGUCAAUGCUUCUCUAAUCUUCAGCUAUCGCCAAUGGGCAGCCACUACCCCGUCUUCCUGGAGGCUCCUUCGAGCUCUGAUACUUGCUCCACUUGCACGCCGAGCCCAGAGUGCUUCAGCCGCAGGCACACAUGGAGCCAGUCCAGCAGAAGCCAAGGACGCCCGAGUCCGUGUAUAUCGAAAAGCAGCCUGGAUCCAACUUACAUCAACCCAAAGCCCACACUGGUUCAGGUGCAAGAUAAAACAAGCCCAUACUCGUGCAAAACUAACACUUUUUUAAAUCUGACCCCAGCCCCAAAUCAGUCCAGCCUUGUUAAAAUACACACCUACCAGGAUCUUAUUAACCUCACCCCUGAGCAGAGCCAUGCCAACACUGAGCCCAAAAGUCCUAAUCAAUCCCAGGGCCACACCUCCUACCAUUCCAUAUUCUCCCAUACACCACCCACUUUGCCCCUAACCACUGACAGCCAUCACCCAAACCUGCAGGUGUCCCUGUCUCCUCCCACAAGCUUACAACCAGAAAAGAGGUUCCCUCAGCACCGGGCCGCACCUGCAGCUGACUCUGGCAUUUUUCACGGUAGUUUCACAGCUGCCUUUUCCACAGUAGCUCCUCUCUCCUCUUUGAGUUCCUGGCUAUCUUUGGCUGCUUCUGGGCUGCACCCACAGCAUAUCCAGGACUCUGCUGGGCUCAGUGGGAAGCAGAGCCAGAGUCAACACAGUGAAUCUCUGAUCCUGAGUGACAGGCCGCCCACAGAGUUCUGCCUCUCACCCGAUACAUCUUAUGAGUCCAUGUCUAUCAGCCAUCUUCAGAGGAGAGGUUUGCUGAGGUCUGUGAGCAGGGCGGUGGAUUUGAUCAUGGCUCAUUUUGGCAGCAGCAGAGACCCCGAAGAAAAGAUGCGUUUGGGUAACAGCUCUCGCAGCCCCACAAUCGCCGGUCUGGUCCUGGAACAUUUGUGUCCAACGAUUCAGAAUAUUUUAGAGGACGGUCUUAGGGACCACAAACUGGAUCUCAUCAUCGGGCAGCGUCGCAACCACUCCUGGAGCGUGGUGGAAGUCUCUACUAGGAUCGGUCCAUCCACCAAGGUCCUUCACAGCCUGGUCUCCAAAAUCAAACUAUGUCCCCAGCUCACCAGCCACUGCAUGAGACUGAGAGCCUUCAUCAUGGGCCUGCUUAACUUGAGAGCUUUGGAAUUCUGGCUCAGUCACCUUCAGAGUCAAAAAGAUGUGGUGACGACAUACUACCAUUCUUGGGGGUUCCUGUCCAUGUCACUGAGUCAGUGUCAGCCCUUGUUUCAGGAGCUGCUACUUCUGCUGCAGCCGCUUUCUGUGCUGCCCUUUGACCUCAAUUUGCUCCUGGAGCCCCGACUGUUACGUAACAGACAGCUGUGUUCAGAGGAGGAGGGUGUUUCUCCGCCUCCACCUUGCUCAGCCCUCCUUGUGACCAGCUGGCCGUUACUGCAAGCUGACAAAAAGGUAGACAGCAGCCGCAGCGGUCAGCAAACUAAGGUUUCACACGAGACACAUCUGCAGCACCAAGAGUGUCUCAGUUCUCAGAAUUUCAUCAAGCAGGAUUGCAGCGGGAUGCAGAACAGCAGGAGUCCAUUGUUAGCUCCUAUUCCAGAGUGGUGGCCAAAAGAGUCUGACCUUAUGGGUGGUGUGGUUGAAGGGGAGGACUGUAGCCAGAAUAAUGCAGAUACUUGGUCUCAAAUAAGUAUGGACAGCAGGCAAGAAGAGAGGAGGGGACAGAAAGACAAUGAGACCCCAAAUGCAUCAACUUGUGUCCAGGCUGAGAGUCCUCAGGGUUGGCUUCGCUGGGCCAAACUGUUUGGAGGAGCUGCUACUACCACCAGGACAGAGACCGUUUCUCAGAGUCACACUGGAGCACAAACCAGAAGGCGACCAUCACAGUGGCUGCAUUUGGACAGAUCACAGCUGGGACUAUUGGCUCAAUCCAUCAGGUCAAUGAAGCUAGGAGGAGCUCAGACUGACAAGGACUUCUGAAAACUAAGUGGAGGCUAUUUACUGUAAUGACAAAAGACUCUUAACUGCAUGAUCAUACAAACACAGUGCCCGAUCACACUGCUAAACUGAUCAGAAAGCACAUGAAACACAGGAGUAACAGCUUUGGCGAUGGUCCGCAUUCAUCAAGUUUUGCGUUGCACCAGCUAUUCGUGAAUGCAUUAUUAAGUUUGUGUGUCCUUUGAGUUUCCAAAGAAAUCCGGUUGGACCACAAUAACUUAAUUGUUUUUUAUUAAUAAUUUAUUAUAAUGUGUCAGAAAACAUCUGUAGCCCUGUCCAAUCUAAAGCAAACAACUUUGUCAACAGGAAGUCACUGUAGCAUCACUAGCUGUAGCAUAACUGCCAGAAUGAACAAUUUUAGGAUCCAAUCUAAGUUUAAUUAAUAAUCUUUUGUACAUGAUGGGUAUAACUGUGUGCACACAUGGAGAAAUGUGUUUAGAGUUAGUAGUAUUUACAUAGUUUAGAAUGAGUGGGAAAUAUCCGAUUAUGCUAAUCUAACAGAGGCUAGUUAGCUAGACUUUUAGUUUGACGUUAGCAUAACUUUUUGAGGUAACUUAAAAUCUUACCAGGUUAAGUUAUUAUUAGAAAGCAUUUUGAUUAACUGUUGACCAUAUUUAAUAUUAUCUCCUAAACAGGUCAGAUAUUAGCAGGCUAACAUUAGUUUUGUCAGUGGGUUGUGUUAGCUAAUGCUACAGUUACACCUUAAAGUUGGGUGUAAAUAUGUGAAGUAAGACCUAGUGUGUGGUGCAACCUGUUUUAAUGUAGCGAUGCACUCCACUUAGUAAACACUCGCCUGCAUUAUAACUGGGUUUAGCUUAAACAGCUGGUGCAACUGGCUCCUGGCGUAACAGCUCCCAAUCUCAAAAUGUCCCUUAGUUGUAGUUUUAUCAGUCUAACUUUUGUAAUUUGUGCUCAUCUUAGUUGUGUGAUGAAGCCUCAUGAAUGCAGUCAGAAGAUCAUUUCCAUAGUAGAUCCUGAGCUCUUUUCCAGGAAAUAGCUUGAUGAAUGAGGGCCAGUUCCCCAUUUGCAAUUGUUCUCUGGAAUAAUUGUAAAUCGGUGCCUGUGUUACCUGUUCCUCUCCUUUGUAUUGUAUCCUGUUGGCGAAUAUCAAUCACAAAAUGUGAAUAUUGACCUGCUGUAGACUGUUGGAUAUUCUUGUGGUGCAAUAUAUACAUUUCUCAUAAGUCACUAACAUUGUCUCCAUAGCUGUACCUUUCAUCUAUAGGUGGGAAAAAAAGUAAGCAGUACACUUUUAUUAGUGCCAAAUGUGUGACACACCAGCCCUGUGGAUUGGUCAGUGUUUGCUUUCUUGAGCAAAUUCCUAGCAUGGAUUAACUGUAGGUGCAUGAGUUAAUACAAACAUACAGUACAGUGCUUCAGUACGAGAUCUCUUAAUUUCCCCUUAAUGUUUUUAUAGCUGUAGAGUUUUGGACAUUUUCAGGUACUGAAAUUUAAAGUGUGUGGUUGGUAUUUAGUAUGUCUUCCAGUGAGGUUUGUUCAGUUGCACAAAUAUAAGCCAUCUUGUGGCUGUUUCAGGUAUUUCAAUGUGUGUCAGGUAUAUUUUGAUAGACUGGUGGUUGGAGGAACGGAGAGAAAACGUGUUCUCUGCAUUUGUUAAAUAGAUCAUUUUUAAUGUACCGCAAUAAUGUGACGUCUGUGAAGUUAUUCCACCCAGCAUCAUUUUCUCAACCUCUGAAUGCUUCCUCUAAAGCCCAGUGACAAUCAAAGUCUGUCAAUAAAGACUUAACAUAUUUGUUUUGUCUUCUUCUCCUUGUAAGCUGUGAAAAGUACAAAUGCUUAUUCGUGUGCCAGAUAUUAUUUCCAAUUCAGCACAAACUGAUAAAUAAGUUCUUACACC